AUCAAUUAAUCAAUCGCGUGCUACAUUUCAAAUCCAAAAAGCGAAAAAAAGAGAGAAGAAAGAAAAUCAAAGAACCAGUCUUUCAAAAAUGGCGAGUGCAACAGGGUACGGUGACGCGAACCAGAAGAUAGACUACGUCUUCAAGGUCGUUCUCAUCGGCGAUUCAGCCGUCGGAAAAUCUCAAAUACUAGCUCGGUUUGCGAGAAACGAUUUCAGCUUGGACUCUAAGGCGACUAUCGGUGUUGAAUUUCAGACUCGCACUUUGGUUAUUCAACAUAAGAGUGUUAAGGCUCAGAUCUGGGAUACUGCUGGUCAAGAACGGUAUAGAGCAGUAACAAGUGCAUACUACAGGGGUGCUGUUGGGGCAAUGUUGGUCUAUGACAUUACCAAACGUCCGAGCUUUGAUCACAUACCUAGAUGGUUAGAAGAGCUCCGCAACCAUGCUGAUAAGAAUAUAGUCAUCAUUCUUAUAGGAAACAAAAGUGAUCUUGAGGACCAGCGCGCAGUACCAACAGAGGAUGCAAAAGAGUUCGCUGAGAAAGAAGGUUUAUUUUUCUUAGAGACCUCUGCACUGGAAGCAAUUAACGUUGAGACAGCCUUUAUGACUGUUUUGACAGAAAUAUUUAACAUUGUCAAUAAGAAGAACCUGGCUGCUGAUGAGAAUCAGGGAAAUGGCAACUCAGCAACUCUGUCUGGCAAGAAGAUUAUUAUUCCUGGUCCUGCACAAGUAAUCCCUUCUAAGAGUAGCAUGUGUUGUCAGUAAUUCUGAGUUCAUUUAUAAUUUGUUUUGAUUAACUAGAUUUUCCUGGCUCUAUGUUCCUAACUCCAAUUUUUAAUGUUUUGGCGCA